AGCGACAUAAUAAUGGCUGCUAAUCAACUUCCGGUUGCUGUGUAGUGAGCAGCGAGAUUUCUUAACAAGUAACUAUCACACCAAACUAAAAACGCCACUUAAAACAUUAGACACAGAAAAAUGUUACAGUGGCGACUGUACUUUAUUUCACUUAUACUGCGCGUCAUUGUAAUAGUGCUUUACUAAAACGAAAUCGUCAGUGUUGUAUGUAACCAAGGAACGUGCCCGUUCAUGUGCAUUCCAGAACCAGAACAUGACAUGCGUUAACAGCUUGUGUUCUCUCAUUUGAAGAGCGAAUUGGUCCGAUCAGGAUUUAGAUUUCAGUGUCUCAGAUUUAACUAACAAUGGAAAAAAGGCAGAGACACCAAAACAAAGGCAAAGAACAACUUGUAAAAGAUGAAGACGAUGAUGAUGGUAUAUCUAAUCCCAGUCUGGAUUUGGACACAGAGAAGACAUACCAAUCCUUUUUGGAGACUGAUGGGAAAUCCUCAUUUGCUGAAUUGGUAGAGAAGACAGCUGAGGCAAAUGAUCUUGUCAAAGAUCUCAAAAGCAGAAGAAGGCAGAGGAAGAAAAGUUUGUCAAAAUUAAACUCUCCAAAGGAAGAUGUGGGUGCUGAGCUGACCACUAUGCGAAACCUCAGUCAUCAGCACCUAGAUGAAGUAAUACAAAAUCAACAACAGCUAUCAGUGGCAGGGAAAGCUGCACCUGUUGUUUCUGACAUUGUAGAUCAAAAUUUUUCUUUUGUUCCUCAUGAAGAAAAAGAGCCAUUGAGAUCAGAGGCUAAAGAAUCUGACACUUGCCAAGAAAGAGAUGCUAAUGAUAAGGACCUUCCUGCUGUAGACAAAGAAUCAACACUCCUUGAUAAAUCAGCGUCCAUGGAGGAAAGUCUUAAACAAGAUGAUCGAUCAAACAGACAGUCUAGUAGUCUUCGAGCAAGAAUGAGAGAUCGCCUUCAAAAAGCAAAGGAAGAAGCAGAAGGAGAAAUUGAAAAAGAGGCAAGGGAAGAGCGAAAACGACAGCGUAAUCUCCGAGAAAAUAAAGGGAUCAAAUUUGAUGAGAUAAAUGAGGCAGAGAUUGAACGUGCUACUGCAGAGAAAGCUCAUCAACUUCGUUUGCGUUGGCAAAGAAUGGGCCAGAUUAUCUCUGAAAAGGAUGCACUUAUACCUAGUGCUGAAGAUGCCCUUGACUUUUUUGCCCGUGUCUGGGAGCAAGAACCAGAAGAAAAUAAACUGAAAGAAGAGGAAGUGCAUCCAGAAGCAUCUUCUCAGGAAAUAUCAGAAGUUAGAAAGGCUGAAGGAGAUGAAGGAGAAGAGUUAAAAGUUGAAGAUAAACAGUGUCUUCUAACAGACAUUGAAUAUGAUGAGGAAGGCUAUGGACCUGUUGCAAUACGUCGGUCAGAAACAGUGCAACCAGAAAAGCUACAAGAAGCAGAAAAAAAAAUACUUUUCAUUCCAUCUUUCACUACAGCUCCACUACAGAGGAGGGAAGAUGCUGUAAAAAGAUUACGUUUUCUAGAAGAUGAGGGAUUUUAUGUGGGUGUACGCCCAUUGGUUUCCUCACAUAAUGAGAAGAGGAUGGAAUGUCGCCUACUGAAUGAACUAGAACAGGGCCAAAAAUGGUUUGGAGAAGAUGGGCAACUUCUUACUCUUCCAGAUCCUCUUCGUUGUACACCUUCUCGACCCCCAGUGCCGGAAUCUUCAGAACCUCACUUAGAAACCAACUUUAAGAAGGCAGUUGUGUGCGAGUAUGACAACCGUUACAUUGAUGGUGUAGUGGAUGGCUCUGGAAACUACCAGCUUGAUGUAGACAUCAAUUCUAUCAUCUUCAGUCAUCAUCAUCUGUUUAGUCAUGAGCAUGUCCUUGCCAUGCGUUUGAACCAACUUUAUCGGCAGUAUGCUUUACGCUCCAUCAGAAAUUUGACUGUACACUUGAUGGAAAAGCUUCAUGCUUUGAAGAUGUCUGCUGCUCACCUUCAAGAUUAUAUUCUUUCACACAAGGGAGAAAUGAGUGUUUCUGACCGCACAGUCUAUGAAAAGAGAUUACAGGACUAUAAAUUUGAAAUCAGACAGACUCGUUCAUUGCGAGAUCAGCAAGAGCACAUGGAUCGGGCAUUGCUGAAAAAUAUCAUUCGGACUUGGAAAGAGAUCAAGAGCCUGAGAGAACAAUAUUGCUGUACCACCACCACAGUCAGGCUGAAAGUUAUCAGUGAAGCAGUUGACAAAACUCAAGACCAGUUAAAGUGGCAACAAGAGAUUGAGGAGGAGGUAACGGAGUUAAAAGAAGAACACGAAGAAGAAUACUCUUUGAAGAUGCGUCUCUAUAAGGAGCAGAUGGACAAAUGGGAGAAAACAAAGGUUGAAAGAGACCAAAAUAAUGAACAAUAUACCAGCAAAGAUGAGAAACCCGAACCACCUAAAGAGUUUGAUGAGAAUGCUGUUCGGGAGCAGAUAAAGGCCAAAUUAAUGUCCAUAAGACGUCGCCCAGGAGAGCCAAAACUAUUUCCAGAACUUACAGAUACCUUCACAAUAACACCUACACAGGAGUGCCCAAGAAGUGAGCAGGAACGACGGGAUGCUGUUUCCAAAUGCAAACUCUUUGUGAAAAUACUGUUCAACAAUAAAGAAGUAUCUCGCACAGGAACCAGACCUCUGUCACAAGACUUCAAAGUAAAUUUUGGUCAGAUUUUUAAUCUGCGGAUUAUUCAGUGGCCAGAGAGCAUAAAAUUCCAGAUUUUUGAGAGCCAAGGCAUUAGUACCCAUCUUCUGGCAGAAUUGUAUGCAGCAAUACCUGAAGUAUCCAUCACUUCACAAAGUGUUCAUUUGGAGGACAUGGAAUUCAGUUCUGAUGAAAAGAUUCUCUUUGGUCAUGGUGCAGUUGGCAGUGGUGUCCCAUUCAAGUUUGAUGCCACCAGCACCAUGCUUGUAACUCUUAUGACUUCCGGCACUCUUAGUACGAGUGUGGCCUGGGCAGUUAAUGAUGAAGGAAAACCUCUUGUUCCCCCUUCUGGACAAACAGCUGUCACCAAUGCAGUGAAACAGAUGGACCCUGUAGCUGCAAUAGGAGCCACUGGCGUUGUCAAUUUAAGGAAACUGGCCAAAUGGUUUCAAGAAUCCCGCAUGGACCCAAAUGACCCUGUUAAUGCUGACCUUGUCUACUUGCUUGAGCCAAAAUCUAAAGGUGAUGGUAGUUGUUCUCACUUCCGAGAAUACUUUCGACUUGAGCAACUUCAAGAGGAAUUUGAUGUAACUACUGAAAAUGACCUCAGAUUCAACCGUCGCUUUCAGCUGCUUUUGCUUAGAGAUCGAGAUGUAGCUGAGUUUCGACAUUCCAAGCUGGUACCUUUGUAUGAACGAGAGAUCCCACGGGAUGCAUUUACUGAAUAUGAGAAAAAGCAUCGUGAAAAAGAGCAUCAGAGGCAUGGAGAUGACAUUGAGGCCACACGCCAGGCUCACAGCAAAUACAUCCAAAAGAUCCGCGAGCAGAUGAUAAUGCGAUUUCGCAUCGCCUCACACCAGAAACGUCUAGAAGAUAUGGUCAUAGAAGAGGGAGUUCCAAACAUUGUUAUGCUAGGCAUCAGCCUCUUAAGGUUGUCAGAACCACGCCGUCCUCUGAAGCCACUGCGUAAAGAACGAAAGAGAGUGACAGCCCAGGCAAUAAAAGGCGAUGAAGUGCGACUUCUUGUCAAUGUCAUUCGAGCUUCUAAUGUGCCAGUACCCAAGACAUAUGCUAGUCUCACAUCUGGCUUUUCAACAGCAAGAGAUAUAGACCGAAAGCAUGGUAUUUCUGGAGAAGUAGUAGUUCAUCCGUAUGUGGAAGUAAUGUUCCAGCAUAAUACUGUACGGACCAGUGCUGGUGAAGGCCCUAAUCCCAGUUUCAAUGAGGAGCUUGAACUUUCAUUAAAAGCUCCCAAUGAUGAUUUUUCACCAAGUGUACUACAGACAAUCAGUGACUACAUUUAUCUCAACUUGUUUGAUGAAGUUGUGGUGGAUAUUUUGGAGGAUGAGCGUCAAAGAGAAACAGCAGUACAUCAGAGGCUGGAGAAAAAAUGGCUUGGAAAUAUAAAGAUUCCAUUUUCAACAGUCUAUCUAAAUGGAAAGAUCGAUGGAACAUUCCGAAUCAACACACCAUCGGUACUACUUGGAUACACUUAUGACAUAAACCAAGAGCAGGUUGAAACAGGAGCAGCUGUUAUUCAGGAAGAGAAAACAACAAGUCUCAGUCUUUUCAUCACUAUUGAGCCACCACUUAGCCAACCAGAGCCAAUGCGGGAAAGGUUUGACACAAAUGAAAAUGAAAACCUAAUGCAGUAUGCAGAUAAAUGGCAACAGGAAAUUGAGGCCCGUUUUCCCAAAAGACACUACAAAACAUCAGUUAUAGAUGUAAAUGGCAAAAAUGUCUUCUUAACACGAUUCUUCAGAGCUCUUAAACCUCCACCUGAAAUCCUGGAAAAAGCUACAGAAUCAGCACAGAGUAAUUUUACCUCUCGAUAUGUUUCCCUGAUUCCAUUUGUAUCUGAUGCUGUGGUUUUUCCUGGCCUUUGUGACAUCUGGAGCACAUGUGACCAAUUUCUACAGAUGCUUGCAGGGGAUGAAGAAGAGCAUGCUCUGUUAUUGACCAAUCUCUUCUUGGGUCUUGGCAAGAAGGCUUGGUUGUUGCUGGGUUCAGCAAUUCCAGAAGGUCCUACAGCCUAUGUUCUGACAGAGGAGUCAGAUGGCUUCUAUUUGUGGAACUCGGCAUCUAGCAAGCGCUUCAGUGUUAAUGACAGCUACUGUCCUUUACAUUCGGUUGGAUGUCUUGUAAACCAAGAAAAUAUUUGGGCAAACAUCAGUCGUUAUGAAAAACCAGCCCAGAUAGAUUUUAACAUCAACAAUACAACAUAUUGGCGACCAUUUUUUGACAGAAGUUAUCAAAACCCAAGACUGGGUACAAUACAGCCCGAGGCACUUAUCUAUCAUCCAUAUGAUAAGGGCUACAUUCUAGAUCUUCAGGAAAAAAUUGAACAGUUGCUAAAAAACAAGAUAAUGGAGUGGCGCAGUCAUUUUAUCACUCGAUGGAAUCGGCACUGCACUCAGAUCAUGCGAAAAUUGUUACCAAGAUUAGAAGAAAAUUGCGGACAAGCCAUAGACCACCAGGAGCUUGGAGAGUUGGAAGAAUCAUUCAAAACAUACAAGGUAUCCGGAUUUCCGCUCAAUGUUCCUUUUGUGGAUCUCAAUAGCAUUGUUGAAGCUGUCUAUUCCACGGGUGUCCACAGUCAGGAGACAAGUAAUACUGAGUUUGCUCUUGCUGUCUAUGUCCAUGGCUACUCAAAUUCUGUUCUUUCAGUAUGGAUAUAUGUAGCUUCUCUCAACAGGAGCAGAUGAAUUGUAACACCAGAAAAAGGAAUUUUUUUGGUACAUCAUAAAUCAUGAACGUUUUGGAAAAAGUCAAAGAAGAAUUUCUGUGCAUGAAUUGAGAUUGGUUUUCAGACAUUCGAACAGUUGCUGAAUAUAUUGAAGCAGAAAUAAUCAAGAUUGCCCAUAAUCAGGGUUGUCCAUGGGACAUAUUUUCUAUCCCAUCCCAUCCCAUGGCAAUUUAUGCCUGUCCCAUCCCGUCCCAUGGGAUGUUUCCCAUGGGAUUCCCAUGGUAUUAACAAUCCUAUGGACAACA